AAUGGAACCUCCUACCUGUCGCCGUUGGCAUGUAACGCCACUGCAGUGUGUUUAUCUCCAAUGAGCUUUAUUAGCGAACACACCGCAGUUUUUAUUGAUACUUUUCUAACUUACCGACAUGAUCUUUACAGAAUAACCGGAGCGCAGUGCUUUUCCAAUCCUCUACGUCAGGAAUACUGUUUUAAUUCGUGUUAUGGGAUCGAAAGGCACGCUAGGCCGAUGGACCGACUGUAACGUCAAAUUGAAAACGCUGCGGUAUUUUGCAGCUUUGCUGAAACGCCAAGCUCCAGUCUGGUGUAGGUAAAAAACAUGCCAGGGAAACUGAAGGCCAAAAUUGUGGCGGGCAGACACCUGCCCGUCAUGGACCGUGCAAGUGACCUCACUGACGCCUUCGUAGAGGUGAAGUUUGGAAACACAACUUUUAAAACUGAUGUGUAUCCCAAGUCUCUAAAUCCUCAAUGGAAUUCAGAGUGGUUUAAGUUUGAGGUGGAUGAUGAGGAUUUGCAGGAUGAGCCAUUACAAAUAACUGUUCUGGAUCAUGAUACAUACAGUGCUAAUGAUGCGAUAGGGAAGGUUUACAUCGAUAUUGACCCGCUACUUUCCAGUGAAGCUGCUACAGUCAUCUCUGGCUGGUUUCCCAUCUAUGAUACCAUACAUGGUAUAAGAGGGGAGAUCAAUGUACUAGUUAAGGUGGAACUUUUCAAUGACCUGAACCGAUUCAGACAGUCUUCCUGCGGAGUCAAGUUCUUCUGUACCACAUCUAUCCCACGAUGUUACCGCGCUGUGAUGGUUCAUGGCUUUGUGGAAGAGCUGGUAGUAAAUGAGGAUCCAGAGUACCAGUGGAUUGACCGCAUCCGAACCCCACGAGCUUCCAACGAGGCCCGGCAAAGACUCAUCUCUCUUAUGUCAGGUGAACUCCAGAGGAAGAUUGGUCUGAAGGUUCUCGAGAUGGGUGGGAAUGCAGUGGUGGGCUACCUGCAGUGUUUUGACCUGGAAGGGGAAUCCGGCCUUGUUGUUCGUGCCAUCGGCACUGCCUGCACACUCGAUAAACUCAGCAACACAUACACACCUUCAACAGCCAUAAACCCUUGUAACUCGUCUCCAUCAAAAGAUAUAAAAGACUCUCCGCAGGCUGUUCCUUCUGCUCUUGGAUGUCGCUCCACUCACAGCAGUCCGGUUCACAGUGCAAGCAGCCGUCUCUCUCAGGGCUUCUCCGUUUCCGUGCCAACCCUGCUGUUCGCCGGUAUGAAACACAGACACAGGAGCUCAGACGGCCCCAGAGCCAGGCAGUGUAGGGCGGGUUUUGGGGAGGAGGCCCCUGGUGUCCCGUUGUCCUCCGGACCCCCCACCCCUCUGAGAGCCCAAACCUUCUCCUCCUUCUCCCCUUCCAAGUCCUACAGCCGCCAGUCCUCUUCCUCCGACACGGAGCUCAGCCUCACCCCCAAAACUGCGAGGAUUUGUCUGUCUCCCAGUUCUCCUACCCUUCAAUCUAAAUCUUCACCCAUUCCCACUACUAAGGCCCUCAGGAGUACAACUCCUCCCCCUCUCCAUGUGAGCCAGUCAGACACAGCCAUGCUGAGAAAGAGCGUGUCCUUCAGUGAGGACCUGUUACUGGCAGCCUCCGGUAUGGGCAGUGGUGGCAGUGCUGGGAAGGAGGCAGGGCCUCUUAAAGCACUUUUAAGGCAGCAGACUCAAACAGCUUUGGAGCAGAGGGGUGUGUCAUCGUCCUCUGAGACGUUUGUUAGGAUGGGGGAGUUUCCCUUCUUCACCUUGACCAGUUUCCCUCCUGGUUUUCUGCUUCAUGUGGGUGGGGUGGUCAGUGCACGAUCGGUCAAGCUUCUGGAUCGAAUCCACAACCCCGACGAGCCUGAGACGCGAGACGCUUGGUGGGAGGAGAUCCGUCAGGAGAUAAAGUCUCAUGCUAAAGCUCUGGGCUGUCACGCUGUGGUGGGCUACAGCGAGUCCACCAGCAUCUGUGAGGAAGUGUGUAUUCUAUCAGCGUCGGGCACUGCUGCUGUCCUCAGCUCCCGCUUCAUGCAGGAUGGAGCCCUGGACACAGAACACAGGUUGUCACGGCAACAAGCGCCUGUCUUUACCUCAGGGGCAGAGAAGGGCGAGGGUGAUAUGGGUAGUACAGCCUCAUUAGGGUUUGAAGACCUGACGCCCCCUGGUUGUGGGUUUUGUCACAUCCCAUAUGAUGAGUUGAAUAUGCCAUUUCCCGCUCAGCUCACGUACUGCCACUGUUGUCGGCGCUAUAAAGUCCCUGAUGUGCUCUUCACUACUAUAGACCUGCCUACUGAAGCCAAUGUCACUGGCAAGGGUUGCCUUAUACAGGCCAGGUUGUGUCGGACUAAAAAGAAGGCUCAGGGGGAGGGCAAUGCCACAGCCAUUAGUAACUUGUUGCCCUUUCUGGAGUAUGAGCUGCACACGCAGCUGAUGAACAAGCUGAAGCUGCGCAGCAUGAACGCAUUGUUUGGCUUGCGCAUCCAGAUCAGCGUGGGAGAGAACAUGCUGCUAGGCCUGGCUUCAGCCACAGGGGUUUAUCUAACAGCGUUGCCUAGUCCAGGAGGGAUCCAGAUAGCAGGAAAGACCCCCAGUGACAUCACAUAUGAACAACACAUCUCAAACAUGCAGAAGAAAAUCAAUGACACCAUUGCCAAAAACAAAGAGCUCUAUGAGGUCAACCCUCCGGACUUGGUUGAAGAGGUGAUUGGCUCUCCGAUCCCUGAACCCCGGCAGCGUUCCCGCCUCUUUCGCUCCCACUCAGAGAGCUCAGAUGAAGUGUCAGAGUUAGACCUGUCUCAUGGAAAAAAAGAUGCCUUUGUUCUGGAGAUUGAUGACACAGAUGCUGUUGAGGACAUUCACUCCCUCCUUACUGAUGCCCCAACACCUCCAGGGUUUUACAGCUGCAACACUGAAAUCAUGCCUGGGAUUUAUAACUGGACUUCAGCCUUACAGAUGUUUACAUCUGUGAGGGUCUUUCGUCUCAGCAAUGUAAAUCUGACUAAUCAGGGCCUGAAUAAGGUCUUCAAUGACCUCUGUGAGAAUCUGCUUAAGAGUCUGUACUUCAAGCUGCGCUCCAUGGUGCCCUGCUGCCUCUGCCAUGUGAACUUUACUGUCGCUGUGCCUGAAGAUGAGCUUAUACAGGUGGCGGUGACAGCUGUUGCUAUGAGCUUUGAUAAAGAUCAGACACAGGAGAAUGGCAGACAAAGCAUAGACAAGAAUCUUAUGAAAGCGAUUACAGAAAAUGAAGAUCAGCUUCAGUUCCCUCUAGAGCUCUCUGCUGAAUCCUCCUCCAACCCUCUCAGCUCUGCUAAAGGUUUGUCUGAGGUUUCAGGCCCCCUGCCAAGUGCUCGAGCCCCCUCAGUUGAUUACAGUUCCUUUACAGACAGAUGCAGCUCCUGGAUAGAGCAGCUUAGACUGAAAGCUCAUACCAUAAGACGCGGAUCAAUUAAAACAAUGUCAUCUCUAGAGAAGGCAAGUCCGUUGCCGGAGGGUCGUUCUCGUUCUCUCAGGUCAAAUCGCUCCUACGCCGGUAGCUCAGUCACGGUGGUCAAGAUGACUCCACUCUCUUUUAUUCCCGGAACAAAAAUAAAUAAGUACCUCGGCAUCAUAAACAUGUUCUUCAUCAGGGAGACCACUUCACUACGAGAGGAGGGUGGUGUGAGUGGGUUCCUGCAUUCGUUUAUCGCUGAGGUCUUCGCUAUGGUACGAGCCCAUGUAGCUGCUCUUGGUGGAAAUGCUGUUGUGUCCUACAGCAUGAAAGAGUGUGUGUUUAUGGAGAAUCCAAACAAGAACCAGGCUCAGUGCCUUAUCAAUGUGAGUGGAGAUGCUGUGAUCUUCGUUCGAGAGUCUGAGCUUGAGGCGACUCCUCCACAGCCACAUUCAGCAAGCGCACAGACCUCCAGCAGUGGAGAGGGAACGUGAAGAUUCACAAGCAGACACACACCCUCUAUAACCUUAAACACACACAUACACUCCAAGUCUAGAAGAUUUAGUGUCUGCCUCUACAGAACCAAGCAGACCUCCAAAGACGAAUAAAGAAAAGUGAACUUUUUUCCAGGUGAACUCAAACAGAUUGAUUGGCAGAGUGGCAUACUUUCUAUAAAUAUUUUACAUCCAUGUUGAUACAGUGUCGUUACAAGCUUUUACUGAAAGCCUUUUUGCAAGGAAAAUCGCCAUGCUUUUAUUUAUCGGCCAUGUUUGUAGACAUUCCGUUCAUCCAAGAGAAGACCGAGGCAGCUAAAAAGAUAUGUGACGUUUAUAGAGUGUGUGCGUCUGCAAAGAAUGUCUAACAGUGUCAACAUUGAGAGUCUUUCAGUGGCCAUCUUUUAUUUUUCCACCAAAGGAAUGAAGUAAACACACGCACUCAUGCCUACGUCCUGUUCAGCGUGCUGAACACACAAAUCCUGCCACGCUUUGUGUCAUUUUAGACAUCUCUCAUGAUGUACUACUACUGAUCAUAUUUCAAUCAUGCAAAGAUGCUGGAAAUAUUUUUUUUUUCUAUUUUUAAACCAUGUGCCAGAUUGGCUGCGUUUUCUGUAAAAAAGCAGUUUGGGAUUAACCCUCACUGAUCCUGGUUUCUUAUUCUUGCAUGUGCAAUGCCAGCUAAUUCUUUCCAUACUUAUAUAUGAGGGCAGAGGAAUGCCAAAGCAAAGUGCCCAGGAAAGACUUGAAUGUACAGAUGGAGGGGAAAAGAAGGCCGUUGGCUUGAAGAGGCUGGCACCUUGCUGAAACCUCUACUCAUUUAUAGACUGAUGGUCUACAGUGUAUGUCUGUCUGUCUGUUUGCCUGAGGACAAAUCAAAUGGUGCAGAGUAAUUAAAAUAUCUAUGUUAAUUACUGGG